AUUGACACUUUGCGUGUGUGUGUGUGUGUGUGUGUGCGCGACGCGAUCAAAAACGCACAGGGUGGUUCGCGCGUAUAAAUUUUCUCGAUUAUGAGUCGCGCGCGCCGAUAAGAACAAUUUCGUGGGCGUUGCGACUGAAAAGUACGCGGCGACUGAUACGCACAUGCGAUCGUAGAUACGCACGAUACCCCAAAGGAAUUUACGCAGGGCAUGGCAAGUUCAUGCUUCAGUGGGGUGGACGAAUAUGGUUUUGAACGGCCGCGCGAUUUCGAUUAUGAAACCUAUGAGGAUUUCAUGUCGGAGUACCUUAAGGUUCUCGCAAAAAUGGCCAAGAGAUGGGCGAAGAUCAUCGGCGAGGGAAAGUCGCCGCAGCGAAGCAUCACCAUAAAGAAGUACGUUCGCAAAGGGAUUCCGGCGGAACAUAGAGGAUUGGUAUGGCUCGCUGUGAGUGGCGGAGAAGACAUGAGAAACGCGUCGCCGGAUCUCUAUCAGAAGCUGUUACUGUCUCCGCACAAUGCGGAAAUAACCGAGAUCAUAAAAACCGAUCUCCCGAGAACGUUUCCGGAUAAUAUAUUUUUUAAUAACACAGAAAAUCAGCAGCAUCAAUUGUACAACGUGCUGCUGGCGUUUGCUCAUCAGAACAAAACUGUUGGAUAUUGUCAGGGCCUAAAUUACAUAGCCGGGUUGCUGUUGCUCGUGACGAAAAGCGAAGAGACAGCGUUCUGGUUGUUGAAAGUAUUAAUUGACAAAAUCUUGCCAGAUUAUUACACACGCACCAUGGACGGUCUUCUCACCGAUAUUGACGUGCUCGCGGAAUUAGUAAGAAUCAAAAUACCUGAUGUAUAUCAACAUGUAACAAACCUGGGAUUACCUUGGCCAGUAAUCACAACAAAGUGGUUUGUGUGCUUGUUUGCUGAAGUUUUACCCAUCGAGACUACCUUACGUAUUUGGGAUUGUCUUUUCUACGAGGGCACAAAGAUCAUCUUUCGUGUCGCUUUAACGCUCAUAAAGAGAAACAGAGCCAAUCUGUUGGCCUGUCAGGAUUUCGCGUCGUUGGCUGACUGCUUCAAGGAAAUCACGAAAGACAGUAUUGUUUUACGAUGUCACGACUUUAUGCAGAGUAUUUUCAAAGUACCUGGAUCACUGCCUGGUAGCACGAUAGCGAAGUUACGGACGAGAGUAACGCAAGCGCGCGCGGAACAAAAGCAGGACAAACUAGGACGAUAGUGAUUUACAAUGAUCAAGUGUUUUUGCACAUUACACCGAGAUAUAUUCUAGUCUUUUUUUUAUUCACCUGUAUUGUUUUGUUAAAUUGUAUUUUUUUCGCAUAAGUGUUCUAUAUUUUAUUAUUGUACAUACAAAUGUUUAUGUAACGUAAGAAGAAUGCAUAGACGUAAGACUUUACUCAAUUUUACAUAUACAUUAUAAUAUUGUAUAUACAAACUAUAUUGAAGGAUAAGAUAUAAAAAAGUGUCAAAAAUUAUAUUAUUAAAGCGUAAUUGUGAUACAAACUAGAAUGCGAAAGUUACAUAGUAUUGUGAUAAUUGUAAAGAGAAAAUGAGAGUAUUAGUGUUAAUUCUGAGAAAAAAAAAAAAAGAGCAAUAUAUUAUAUACACAUAUAUCAGUUACAUUAUUUAGUUAUAUUCAGCGCCUUUAAUUCUUUCUAGAAAUUUUACCAGUAGAUCUUCCGUAGGACUUUAAUCCAAAUGUUAAGGGAAUCAUGAAGGAGACAUCGAAAUUCUUAUAAAUGACUAUAAUAAGAUGUACUAAAAAUAAUUUUAUUUAUUUAUAGAACGAAGUAUACAUUCAUAUGUAUAUAUAUAUA